AUGUCUGGCCAAACUGCAUUCAGCUCUCUCUUCCUCUCCCUCUAUGCCGCGAGCGCAUUUGCGUUCACCCCGCCCGCGCGGCUGGACGUCCCUAUCGUCCUGAGCUCUGGCGGUCGACCCAUGCUUGGCGUCAACAUGGGUACCCAAGGCGUAGGCCAGCUGCAAAACUUCAACUUCACUCUUACGACGAGUCUGGGCUACUCAGCUGUGGCGAGUCAGGGAUGCUCGGACUGCACCGGCCAGGCAACAUACUCCCAGUCGCUCUCGCCCGACGCGCGCUCCGUAAGUGGGUCGUCGUCGGUUGCCUUUGGCGGUGGCUCGUUCGGAGGUCCGAUCAUAAAGGAGAACUGCUCGCUCUCCACUUCGUCGCAAGCUUGGCAGUAUCCGAACCAGACGAUCAUUCUCAUGAACAACCAGUCCGGCUUGACUCCGUUUGACCAGACGGUGUCUGGACUUUUCGGUCUCGGCACCCUCAAGCAGGCUACUACGGCAGCAGGCUUUCCAGCCUCGUUCGAUGACAGCAUCUACGGGCAGUACUACAUCCGUAAUCCGGGUGCGACCAACUUCACGUUCGGCAUGGACCUGAAGCCUUCUCCGGUUGUUCCGGGCUCCGGCUCGUCACUUUCCAUCCAGCCCGGCCAGGAAUCGCUUGCACAGGAGGCGGCCAACGUCGGAACAAUGCAUUGGCUCCAGCCCGACACGUCUGCGUACCAAGCAGACAAGCUCCAGACGGUCUCCGUGCAGAGCGGCAUCUCUGGAGGCUACCUGCCCAACAGCACCCAGCCUGACCUCACGGUUCAGCUCGGCGGUUGGUCAGAGAAAGCCGGCAGCAACAACGUCGGAGGUGGGAGUGGUAUGUUGGCGAAUAUCGACCCCUACUACUCGGGCAUCUACAUGCCUGGCUCGCAAGCGCGACUUUUCCAUGACGCCAUCUCGGGCUCGCAGUCGGUGCCGCUAUCCACCAUCCUGGGUUCAACGAGCUCGUGGCGGGUGCCGUGCGACACGGAAGUGUCGUUUACGGUGACCAUCAAUGGGCAGUCAUUCACGAUCGACCAGUCCGCGCUCGUCGUGAACAUGGGAAACAACCAGUGUAUGAGUAUUGUCGAAGGCUUUACCGAUACGUCCGUCACGCAGUACAUUCUUGGCCAGACCUGGAUUCGCAGCUCUACGUCAUCUUCAUAUACCUCAGAACGGCAACCCCUCGAUCGCUUUUGCCCCUCGCACCGUCUCAUCCGCCCACUCGCGCGACGUCGGUUCUACCUCAUCCGGCGCAACCGCGACAACUCGCUCGUCGCGCGCCAGGCGGAGAUCAUCGAGGAGCACAAGAACGCGACGACCGUCGAGCCCUACACGUACGGCACCUCGUCCCCCUACGGCGCCCAGUCGCAGUACGUCGUGUCUCCCCCGACGACACCGAACCCACACGCGCCGCUUCUCGACGGGGAUCAUCUGCCGCCGAGCUACGAAGAGGCGAGCGAGGUCGGCUCCAGCAGUGCCGCGGCUACCAGUCCGGCACGCCAGACGUUUCCGCGGGAGAAGGGUGGCUACCGCCGGGACACGACGAUGACCAGCAUCACGGAGCCCAUCACGCCCAACCGUCUGCAGUUCUCGGCGUCGGGCGUGAACAACGUCUGA